GGCCGUCUUAUUCACCAAUAAGGAACAACGGUGUUUUACGUUGGCCAAGAACACCAAAACAUCAACACUAUUCAGAAGACCAAAUGUGGUUCUUUAUGAAAAAAGAAUUUAUCUUCUAGAAUGCAAGAGGGGAAACGGGGUGGAUUACAGAGGAACAGAAGCCAAAACUCAGAAGGGCAUGACAUGCCAAAAGUGGGCUGAUAAUGUCCCCCAUAAACCAAACUACACACCUGAAAAACACCCCAGUGCAGGACUGGAGCAGAACUACUGCAGAAAUCCUGAUAAUGAUGAAAACGGACCCUGGUGUUACACAACAGAUCCUGCUACCAGAUAUGAUUACUGCCAAAUCCCGGAGUGUGAAGUGGAGUGCAUGCACUGCAGUGGAGAAAACUACCACGGAGUAGUUGCGACAACAGUGUCGGGGCUUGAGUGCCAGCGCUGGGACUCCCAGCAACCUCACUCUCAUGGAUACCUCCCAGAAAAUUUUCCAGAGAAGGAUCUGAAGAUGAACUAUUGUCGUAAUCCUGAUGGUGAACCUCGGCCCUGGUGUUUCACUACCAACCCGAAUAAACGCUGGGAAUAUUGCAAUGUUCCCCGUUGCACAACACCCCCACCAGCUCCUGCACCAGGGCGUCAGUGUCUAUUGGGAAGAGGAGAAGACUAUCGCGGAAUGAUAUCUGUUACUGAAUCAGGAAAUACCUGUCAGCACUGGAGUUCUCAGUCUCCUCACAAACACGCUCGCACUCCUGAAAACUACCCCUGCAAGAACCUAGAGAAAAACUACUGUAGAAAUCCUGAUGGUGAGAAGAUGCCAUGGUGUUACACCACCAACAGAACAGCACGGUGGGAAUACUGCACCAUUCCCUCCUGUGAUGGGACAAAGCCAGAGGCCCCUGCUGUUGAUGUGCCUGAGCAGGCUCAAAUUACUGAGGAGUGCUAUCAAGGCAAUGGCGUGACUUACCGUGGCACAGCUUCUUUCACUCUUACGGGAAAGAAAUGUCAAGCCUGGAGCUCAAUGUCACCUCACCGACACAACAAAACGUCAGACAAGUUCCCGAAUGCGGACUUGAGGCAGAACUAUUGCAGAAACCCAGAUGUCGAUAGCCGCCCAUGGUGCUACACCACCGACCCCAGUGUGAGAUGGGAGUACUGCAGCCUGAAGAAGUGUGAUGACCAUAGAGAAGAGACUGUACCAAAACCUCCUCAGACAACACUGAAACCAAAUCCUGACUGCAUUAACGGUAAUGGUAAAGACUAUCGUGGCACAGUAGCAAAAACUGGAAGGGGCAGGAUUUGUCAAGAGUGGAGUUCUCAGAAACCUCAUUCCCAUGACUAUUUCACUCCCAUGACUCAUCCAAAAGCAGGCCUGGAUAAAAAUUACUGCAGGAAUCCUGAUGGAGAUGUGAAUGGACCUUGGUGCUACACAACAGACCCAAGAAAAGCCUGGGAGUACUGUGACAUUCCCAAGUGCCCUCCUGCUCAAUAUGAGUGUGGAAUGUCCAAGUUCAGACCAAAGCUGUGUGCUCAAAGGAUUGUUGCUGGGUGUAUUUCACAUCCACACUCCUGGCCCUGGCAAAUCAGCCUCCGGACAAGUUUUGGCCUGCAUUUCUGUGGGGGAACACUGAUAGACCCACAGUGGGUUCUGACUGCUGCUCACUGCUUAGAAAAGUCCUCACGGCCAUCUGCCUAUAAGGUAUACCUUGGGUUACACAGAGAACGUGCAUUAGAGGAAUCAGUGCAAAAACGAGACGUUGAGAAAUUGUUCAAGGAGCCACGCAGAGCGGACAUUGCUCUGUUAAAACUAAGCAGUCCAGCAGUCAUCAACAAUCAUGUCAUCCCAGUUUGUUUGCCAAAAGAAAAUACUGUGUUAGGAGGAAGAGAGGAGUGUUAUGUGACAGGCUGGGGGGAUACAAAAGGAACCGGUGGUGAUGGCUACUUAAAGGAAACUGGUUUCCCUGUAAUUGAGAAUAAAAUAUGCAACCGCCCGGAGUUUUUGAACGGUAGAGUCAAAAACCAUGAGCUCUGUGCUGGGAAUAUUCAUGGUGGUACAGACAGCUGUCAGGGGGACAGUGGAGGACCUCUAGUCUGUAUGGACCAAGAUAAAUUUGUCCAACAUGGAGUCACCUCUUGGGGCCUUGGCUGUGCCCAACCCAUGAAACCUGGUGUUUACGUUCGAGUUUCCAACUAUAUUGCUUGGAUUAAGAGCAUAAUGGAAAACAACUGA